AUGUCAAAUACUCAAAGUCCGGUACCUCCAGCAACCCCAACGGGCUCUACUAGCUCUACGACGUCUACGCAACCCCAAGUAUCAUCAAAACCAACCACAACAGAACCCCUACCCCCUCUCACCGGUUUCCGAGCAGCACUAGAACAUACCGGUUUACCUCGAGGUUUAUUAACUUGGAAACCUCGUCCACCAUCACGUAAUUGGUCCAUCUUCUUCACUGUACUAGGAACCAUCUCUUAUCUCUACUACGAUGACCGAAAACAAUGUCGAGAGUUGAAAAAAGAAUAUUUACAAAGGGUGGAGAAAUUCGGAAAGGAGAAAUGUGAAGGAAGUUUGGACAUACCGAGGAAAGUGAAAGUUUUUGGUGCUAAAUGGCCAGAGGAUGAAGAUGAGGAUAGGGCGUUGAGAUAUUUCAGAAAGUAUGUCAAACCAUAUUUAGUCGCAGCAGCAAUAGACUACGAACAAAUACCUUCACCAUUAUACGGUUCCAUAACUCGACAAGCUCAUGCUGAUAUAAAUCGUAUUCGUCGUCAAAACCUUCAUCUAGAUCCUCCCCCUCCUCUAAUCUCCGUACCUUCUGUCCUUGAUCCGGAAGCGGUACGACGUAAAGAUCUCGAAGGGGGGAUAGUGCUCGUUGGACGUCCUUCGUUGAAAGAAUAUAUGGAAGGUUUGAGAAGAGGUUGGAAUGGGGAUUUAUCUCCUUGGAUAUGGGAAAAAGAAGUUGAAAAGAAAUUAAAUUCGGAUGGGAUUUUCGAUCAACCUUCUAUCCCUCCUGAGAUACUUGAUACCGAUUCCAAUGAAAAUUAUACAAAUGACGAGAUCUUCAACAUCCCCAAUCCCGAUAUUCCAUCCGUUCCUAAACAUAUUGGAUCUGAUGCAAGACCUGAUUCGAAAUCUUCAAACAAUAUCAUCUCUAAUCAUUUACAGAAACAACUCGAAACAUUACCACCUCAACCUCCAUUACUUUUGGUCCCAUUUAUGAACCGCAAAGGUUUUCUUCAAAUCCCUUGGAUGGUAUACGACUUUUUCACCGAACGUCAUCAUGUUCGAACGGGUGGAGAAGCAGCUAUGAAAUUGAUUUUUUCUCAUACGAGGGAAUUCCAGGAACACCAAAAAAGUGACCUUGAUUUCGAUCAAAACGUCGAAAAGUUCUACAAGAAAUCAUUUGACGAAUUACCUAAACGAAUGCAAAAAGCUAGAGAUGAUUAUUAUCCUGGUUUAAAACAUCGUCUUCAACUCACUCGGGGCGAAGUGGAACCUACCAAAGACGAAGCGAAUAGCAAAAUCGUCUCGGAAUCAGAAUUGAGAGAAGAGAGAAAGAAGAAAGAGUUAAGGUGGAUGGGUAAUGAAGAAGGGUAUGAGAUAGUGAGGAAAGAAACACCAGUGGCUUGGGAUGAGAAAUGGAGAGGUUGGUUGAAAAUCUAUGAUGAUCCUGAGAAAGAGUCAUGA